AUGGGGAUUGUUGAUGGAGUUGAGCAGCAAGUUAGGCACACCACAAGAGCACAAUGUAAGUAUUGUCUAACUCACCUUGCAUGUAAUUCGACUGGUAAUGGAACUAGUUCUCUUAUAAAACACAUCGAAAUUAUAUGCAAGAAAUAUCCGGGUAGAAAUAAGUUGGCAGGGGGUCAAACUCAGAUUGUAGGUGAUGAUUUGGAUGAUACUAUAACUGCUAGGCAGUGGACUCAAGAAGGUUGCAUUCAAGCUGCUACCGUUAUGAUAGUCAUGGAUGAAAUGCCAUUUAGUGCCAUAGAAAGACCCAGGUUUAGGUACUUCUGUAAGGUGGCUAUUCCAAAAUGGAAAGUUCCAUGUAGGAAAGUGAUUGUGAAAAAUUUUCUGAAAAUGUAUGAGACGAAGAAGGAAGAGUUGAAAAAGGAAUUGAGCUCUCAUUGUGUGUGUUUGACAACCGAUACUUGGACAUCGGUUCAGAACAUUAACUAUAUGGUUUUAACUGCCCAUUUCAUAGAUAAUGGGUGGAAAUUGCACAAAAGAGUUAUCAAUUUCUGUGUGAUCCCAAAUCAUCAGGGAAUUACAAUAGGAAAGAUUUUGGAGUCGUGUUUGAGGGCUUGGUCUAUUGAGAGGGUGUUAACUAUUUCUGUGGAUAAUGCUUCUGCAAAUAAGCAUGCAAUAGACUACAUUAGGAGAAAAACGAACAGUUGGGAAAAGGGAAUUAUUUUGGAGGGUAAAUUUCUGCAUGUUAGGUGUCUAGCACACAUCAUCAACCUUAUUGUGAGGUCUGCAUUACAUUUAUUGGAGAAAUCUAUUGGUAGUAUCCGAAAUGCAGUUAGAUAUGUCCGAAGUAGCUCAUCAAGGUUGGAUGCAUUCAAGGCUUGUUGUGAAAAGGAGGAUGUUGAAUCGAAGAAAAUUUGUGUGUUGGAUGUUCCAACACGGUGGAAUUCCACCUACAUUAUGUUGGAUACAGCUUUAGGGCUUAGGAAGGCAUUUGAUAGGUUGCAAGAUGAUGAGGAUGUGAAGUACACGAGUUACUUUGAUGAAGAAGAAAAGUUGGUUGAGGAGGAUGGUGAUGAACCGGAUGAUUUCAGUGUGCCUUUGUCUCAAAUUAGGAGCAGGGCAUCUCGUAAGAGAGUUGGACCACCUAAUAAGCAUGAUUGGGCAAAGGCAGUGGUGUUCACGAAGUUUUUAAAGGUGUUUUAUGAGGUUAGUUUAAGAGUUAGUGCCACAAAACACCCUACCUCACCUCAUGCUUUCCAUGAUAUUGUUGCGAUACAUGCUGAAAUUGAAGACUUGUUUACGCAGCCUACAGAUGGUGAUGCAAGUGAGACACAAAAAGUCCUUUUUCAGAUGGCACAGAAGAUGAGGGCUAAGUAUAAAAAAUACUUCGGUCAGCUUGAGGACAUUAACCAGCUUUUGUUGGUUGCCUUGGUUUUGGAUCCUAGGUAUAAGCUAAGGAAUGUUGAAAGGACAUGCAAAUGA